UUCCACACAGCCUACUCUUCCUUUCUUCGAGUGGUGCUAACAUAUUCUACUGUCGGAUAGUUCGCAAUGGGUACCAAUGAAAAAGCUACUCCGCCGAAUUCUCAACCAUCCUCUCCGCCAACACUUUCGCGAACUGUUACUAUCCUUCGGAAUAUCGUACGAAGUCCGCGGGCCUUACCUUUUAUCGCACUGAUCACUCCGCCUGUGCGAUGGUUUUGGAAUUACAUGGGAUGGCCUAACGGAGGAGACGUGGCCCAUUCACUAAACCUCGGACUAUUAAUACUGUAUUUUAUCAUAUCGCAAUAUGUUCGCAGGUACGAUUGAUGGACUGGAAGACAAUAAUUUAUUAUACUCAAUAA